UUACAGGGGAAUCCGUCCAUUCGUUUCCUUCUGCCUGUGCUGGUUUUUGCUGAGCUGCAACGGCCCAGCUAAGCUCAUACCCCGAUUACCUGCCCGAUGAUGCCCUGACGGGUGGUUGUUAAUAAAGACCACCUGCUAUGUAAUGCUGGUGCUCGGUGCACAGCUUGUAGGUAUCAGUUUGGUAGGAUAGACUGCGUAUAGUCAUCAGGAAACGGAAGAAAGGAGAACUGUGAGAGCACACAGGCAGGAGGCUACGGUUCCCCUUCAAACACAUACACACAUCACCACGGCCUUGAUGGUGAUGUAUGCAAGGAAACCAACAAGAGCCAGCGAUGGGAGCAACGACAGAAGGGAUUCACAAUCCUAUCAGACCCAUAAAUCUCAGCCAAAGAGCCAGCCGAGCAGCCUUCAUCAUUACGACAAGGUGCGCGAUGGUUCAUCAGAUCCCACGCCACCUUACAAAAUGCUGCGGCGCUCAGAUGAAAGUCCUGUCAGCAGACAUGGAGACAGCACGGGACAUGGCAAGGCAAAAGCCUCUCAUACAGUUAGAGGGACCAGCGGCUCUCCUCAGGAGAACUCUCACAGCAACAGCUCCCACUAUGGCUCAGAGCCACAUGCGACUCAGAGCAAGCCUGCCGACAGGGACCCAGCAGAUGAUUGGACAGAACACAUCAGCUCUUCUGGGAAGAAGUACUACUACAACUGUAGAACUGAGGUCUCCCAGUGGGAGAAGCCCAAGGACCUGUUGGAGAGGGAACAACGACAGAAAGAGUCAGUCAAGAUGGUGGCAAACAGUUUCCCCAGGGAUAUGGACUAUAGACAAGAGGCUUUUCAGGACAAAGUCACAACAAAGACCACAUCAGCGGACCAGUUCACACCAUCCAAUUCCGGCCAUUCCUCUUCCUCCUCUUCUUCUCAGGGCCUAAAUGCUGCACCUGGAGCUUUGGGCGCUGUCCCCUCCAUCAUGUCCUCUUCAUCUGCCUGUUCCGGGCAGGUGCCCCAAACUGUCCAGUCCCCAUCACCAGCACUGCUACAGGACCCUGCCCUCCUGCAUCAGCUCCUCCCAGCACUGCAGGCAACUCUGCAGAUGAACAACGGCAGUAUGGACAUGGCUAAGCUCAAUGAGGUAUUGGCAGCUGCUGUCACCCAAGCUUCCUUGCGGUCUGUGCUUCAUAAGCUCCUCGCUGCUGGACCUGCUUUCAACGUCACUGCUCUGCUCUCAGCUGCUCAGCACUCCAACCAAGCUCAGCACACCAAUCAGUCCCCAGUCUCUCUGACCACAGAUGCAUCAUCGCCACGGCCAUAUGUUUCUCCACGGAACGGCACGCCACAGAGCAGCCAGAAAUCACUUCCGAUAGCACAUCCUGGCAGCAUCACCUCCACACAAACAAGGGGCAGUAUGUCUUCAGGUAAGCAAGGAUCAGUCUCUCUGCCUCAGAGUGCAGAGAAGCGUCCAGAAGACCCCAGAACACUCCAGCAACGAAGCCAGGAGAUUCUGUCCACAGGAUCAGACUCGUCCAGUGCCACGUUGUCCCAUGUCUCCUCGGGCAGCGCCAACCAAACCCAGGCUGACACUCCCGGCUCCUUCACUCCCACUCUGGCAGCUCAUUUUGAUGAGAGCCUCAUCAGACAUAUCCAAGGAUGGCCUUCAGAGAACACUGAGAAGCAGGCAGCACGGUUGCAUGAGGACAUCCACAACAUGGGCAGCUUGUAUAUGUCUGAGAUCUGCACAGAGAUGAAAAACCUCCGCUCCCUGGUCAGAGUGUGCGAAAUCCAGGCCACACUGAGGGAACAGAGAAUCCUGUUUCUGAGGCAGCAGAACAAAGAGCUGGACAAACUGAAGAACCAGAACUCCUACAUGGUGUGAGGGGGGCGUGAGAAGAAGGGACUUGGGCAGGAGCAUUAACAUAAUGAUAGAAACAAAGGAAUAGAUAUGGACAGCAAGCUUCUCCAGCCUGUUUGUUCUCCUGUAGGAGCAGCUGAGAAAUGCUGUUAGACGACAGCAGCUGACAAAGUGAAGCUCCAAACAGAACGUCUUUAUUUUUUUUAUUUUUAAAUAAAGUUUUUCCAGUGUCCUCCACAUCACUUGCUCUUGCUGAAAGGUGAAACUGACCGUUCACAGUCGGACACUUUAACAGAGUGAACAUAAAGGGCCUGGGCUCUUUUCAAACAGCACCUUUUUUUUUUUGGACUGUGAACCUUGGAUUGUGUAUUGCUUUGGAUUAACUUGUUUUCUGGUGUGUUUUGAUGUGUAGUGAUGAGGAAAAGAGUCAUUCUUGGAAACCAUCUCGUAAUAAUCAGUGUGACAGUUCUGGGGGGUGGGAGGGUUAACAAAUUGUUUGCUCCCCAGACUUCUGAAACGGUCUUCGUCAUGCAUUGAACUGUAUGGAUCCAAUGGCAGUGAUCUUAUUUUUUCUUUACUACUCAGUGGUUUUGAGGCUGGUUGCUUUUACAUGUCAUGACAGGAGACUGAGUGAAGAACUACACCUUUUUAGUUAAAUGUGCUUCAGUUGUUUUGUCCCAGCAGUAGUAAUUCACUGGGAAGUAAUGGCUAGUUGUGUCAAACGCACUCUAAAUGUUUCAAAGCCAUUUUGAAAGCGUUUGCAUUAUUGGACCUAGGUUGGCUGCUAGUCCAUGUGAGGUUGUAUUCGUAGUCCCGCUGGCCGUUUUCUCGUCCCUUCUGCUCUGUUGUUUUACGUAUAAUUGUCAGCAUUUUUUUCUCUCCCAAGUCUAAUUUGGGAAAUAUUUCAUUCCUUUUGUGCAGCAUAGCACGAGACUGUGUAAAAGAAUAGAAAGCUAAAUUAUUGUUGCACAUGAUUAAUUGCAUCCUUGUAGUAGUACUGAAAAAGAGCUUUAUUUUAUUUUUUCAACAAGGAAACUGUUUUCUGUUCAGCUGUCGUGGCUGCAGCCUUUUUCUCAAUGUACUAGCCAGGGCUUGCUUUUUUUUUUUAAGGGUUCCUUCAUGAUGAGAGGCUAUACUUUUUAUAUCAGCAUCACAUUAAACUGCAGCCACACACUUUGAUAUUCAUAAUGCCAGUUUCAUUCUGUCUUUUUUUUUUUUCUUGCCUUGU